CGUCUUUCGGGACUAGGAUGGCUGAUGUGGAGCCAUCGCCCUACGGCGACUGCAAAUUCGUCGCUCGAGUGGAGCACAUUAAGACCUUAACCCAGGCCAUCAAGGCUAUCUGCUUUAAUGAUUAUGGAAUGCUGCAAGUCUCCGAAGAUGGUCUGCGCAUCACCGUGGAGCAGGGCAAGUCCAUCCAGGCAACGCUUUUCAUGCCGCCGGGCGCCUUCAUGGAGUUCCGCGUGCAGGACUUCCAGUGCUUCGGUGUGAAAAUGAAUGUGCUGUCCGAGUGCCUCAGUCUCUUCGGAUCCGCCGAUUGCAGCCUGCGGAUGAUGUACAGGGAUAAGGGCGAUCCCCUGAAGAUCAUCCUGUAUCCACACGAUGACGAUGAUGUGAGCACGGAGUGCGCCAUCAAAACAAUGGACUGCGACGAGCCCAUUGACUACGAUCAGAAUCUGAAGGAUCCGGAUCUAAAUGUUAUUUUCGUACGCGGACCGAACCUAUCGAAGGUGUUUAAUGAGUUGGAGAAGUCCGCGGAGGAGUUUGAGUUCGUAACAUCGCCCAACCGCCCGCACUUUAAGAUCACCACAGUGGGGAUCAUGCAGGCGGUAUUCAGCGUCGAGGUGGCCAAGACCAGUCCCAUGAUGAUGAUGUUCAACUGCAAACAGACGGUGGUGGCUCGCUACAAGAGCCAGCAGAUCCGCAUGACCAACAAGGCGAUGCAGUCGGCCACCAAGGUGGCCAUCAAAACCAACUCCGUUGGCCUCCUAGAACUGCAUCUGGUAAUGCAGGGCGAUAGCCAGGAGGAGAUAUUCAUUCAGUUCUUCAUAAUUCCUUUGCUAAACACUGAUUAAACCGAAACUCGACUUUAAA